UUUCUAGUCUUGCGCUGCAUAUAAAUUCUGUGACCAUAAGUCCAUAACCACUAUUAAUAGAAAUAGGCCAUAACUAAAUGGCGUAUAAAAAUGUAGUGCACGAAUUUCGUUUGAAAAAAAUAUGAAACAAGAAACCUUAAAUAAUAAACGGUAACUCGAACAGCGCGUUACCUAAAACACGCCGUUUCUCACGGUGAGCUGUGCAUACUACAAGCUGAAGUGGAGGAAAUUUAUCCGUGAAUUGUGAUAGAGUAUAUCUGUUUAAUCUAUUUGCGCAUUUAAUUAUUCGUUGAUUUUCCAUAUUAGUCUUAAUUAUUCCAAAAUAAUUUUCCCAUUCUCGGAUACUUAUAUAUGUUGUACGCUUGACCUUUGAAUAAAAUUGCCUUACGCAAGUUCGACAGCUGUUUACAUUGUAUCAAGAUUGGAAGCUUGCGUCGUAUUAAAUUACUUGUAGUCAUUACUCUGUAUUGUGGGCGAUUUACGAACAUAUUCUCGACGAACGACCGAAGAUGGAGGCAGACGCUGUGGCUUACGAUAAGCUGUCCAUAUCACAAGUUGAAAAAGGUGGAAAAUUUAUCAACGAAUUGAGUCUCGCCAAGGGAGACAAAGUUCUUGAUAUGGGCUGUGGAACAGGCAUACUCACUAAAUAUAUCGCUGAUAUCGUUGGUCCUGAUGGCGAGGUGGUUGGCGUUGAUCCUGAUGCUGCGAGAAUUGAAAUCGCAGUUGAAAAAUACAAAGAAAGUGGUAAUCUACAUUUUCAUGUCAGUGAUAGUGUGGCUGGGUUUCCAAACGAUGAUCAACCGUAUUACGACGUUCAUGUCAGUACCUAUGUAUUUCAUUGGAUUCCAAAUGACGGGAAAGUGAUUUACAUUCAAAAAGCAUAUAAAUGUUUAAAGUCUGGAGGAAAGCUUGCUAUCUGUUGUCCUGAGAAGAUGUUAAAAGAUAAUGAAAAAGAUAUUCAGGAUUUCCAUGCUUUAACCGCAGAGGGCUGCCGUGAUUUAUUUCAAGCGGUUGGUUUAUUCAACAAUGUCGUGAUAAAGACAAUUAUCACACCAUUUCGAUUUGAAUCAUUUGAAUACUUCAGGCAAUGGUACAGAGCUACUGCGCAUCAGAACUUGGAGGAUUUAGAUUCAGCGUAUUUUGAGAGGUUCAUCACGACAGAAAACGAUGGGAAAGUGACAUGGAACAUACCAAUUACAAACAUCACAGCCUUUAAAGAUUGAGUACGUUCCUCGUAUUAACGCUUUGCA